AUGAAUGAUCAGCCAGUCGAUGGCGUCGUGCGCCUCCGUCUCAAGGUGUCCCAGUGGAUCUACGGCAUCGCGGUGCUGUUCAUUGUCCUGGCCAUUGGGCUGCUCAUCUUGCCGGGCCUGUUCAGACGAUACCUCCUGGUUCCGGAUGUAGUGGCUACCUAUUGCUUCUUUGUCAUCGGAUUGGUCACCCUGUGCGUCUAUGUCAACGUCACUUGGCUGCGCCGGAAGUUCCCCUUCAACUGGAUAGUCAGCUGCUGCAUAGCAGCUUGUCUGGCUCUGGGAACGGUGUGCACCCUUUCAAACCAGCGGACGGGACACGUCCUGCUCCUGAGCAUGGAGAUUCUUGUCAUGAUGUCGCUGCUCCUGCUGGUCGGCUCAUAUCUAUUGCCCGAAUGUCCUGCAGUGGCCUACUUGUUCCUCACUUGGUUCAUAUUCGUUGUGCUCUCCUCCGUCCUAAUGGUCGCCGUUUGUGUCCACGUGUCAGAUCAGAUGUUCUCCUAUGAAGUAGCCAUUCACUUUGUGCUCUGGCAAGUUAUAUGCCCACUGAUUGUGUUCCAGGCGCAGGUCAUAUCCGGCUAUUGGGAGAACUUGCCGCCUAUCCUGGAUAGGCCACUGUGCUCCACGAUGCUCCUGUUCGACUUUCUCGCCUGCUACAUCUUUCUUGACUCCGCCGAUGAUGUUGGAUUUGAGUUCUACUACGCUGGCCAGUCAGAAAAUCAAAAGUUUUUGUCCAGAUCCGUUAAGAGCCAGUGGGAGAUGUUCAUGGACUCAAACUAGGGAUUUCCUAAAUUGGACACCUGUGAAAAAGCCUCCCCUGCAGGGCAAAGUGUAUUUUAUAAAUAUAAGGAAAGAACAACGUGCAUUUUAAUCGAG